AUGGAAAACUUAGAAAAGAUGGGAUUAGUAUGGGAAAUAAAUAAAAUAAACUCCCAUCUGCAUCUUAGGAUUGUAUCCAAUUAACUGUGUCUUCCUCUAUGCACUACACAACUCUUUCACUUCUUUUCUUCAAGCCAUCCAUCGCCUCUCUCUCUUUCUCUCUAGGGUUCCUUUUCUUCCUCUCAUUCAAACUUUCCUCUUCCCAUAUCCCUAUUUCUCCUCAUCCUUUUAAUCCAUUCCAAACAAUUCAAUUGAAAAACAGCACAUCAGUAACUCAAUCACAGUAUUCAUCUAUAUAUCUGUCCAUGUAACUACUGGUUAGAUUUCACAAUGAGGAUUUUUUGGAUUUCAUAGAUUCAAUCGCCCUGAUAUAGUUCCUUAUUUAUUGCUAUAUUUUGUUUGUGAAAUCCAUAGAAAAGGAAUUAUUAUUACUAUUAUGGCUUCUACAGUUCCAGCAAAGUCUAAUAACCCACUACACAACUUUGACUUGCCUCACUUGAAAUGGAAGAAGAAUCAUCACUCCAACAACAACAACCACACGCGCCGCCGCUCCACCUCCUCCCCGUCGCGGCACGAUUCACCUCAACGCCAAUCUCCGAUGCGUGAAUCCCACGCUCCAGCGCGUCACUCUCCAACGCGCCAAUUCUCUCCCCUCCGUGAUUCCCAUGCGGCAGCGCGUCAUUCUCCGAUGCGUGAUUCUUUACCGGCGCGUGUAUCUCCGAUGCGUGAUUCCAGUAUGCCGUUUCGCCAGUCUUCGAUGCGUGAAUCCUCACCGGCGCGUGUGUCUCCGACGCGUGAUUCCGUUUCGGCGGCGCGUGUGUCACAGACGCACUGCGAAUCAUCGGAAAAGGAGAGAAGUAGUGUUAUUGAGUAUCGUAGAUAUUCACGAAUUUCAUCAGCACCUGAGAGUAGUAAAUCAGAUACUAAUAAGAAGCAUAAUAAAGUAGUAGAAAUUGAAGGCAGAUCAUCAUCGAAAAUACUACUCAAAAUCCCUCGGAACAAUAAAACCGAAGAGAUCGCAAUCCAUGAAGAACAACAAAAGGAGAAUAAUAAUGAAUCUCAAGCUCAAGCUGAUGAAGAAGCAACAAAGACGUGGAAUCUGAGACCUAGAAAACCUAUACACAAAUCAUUGAAUUUGAAUUCAGGUCCAUUUAGAUCCAGUGGAUCGGCGAUACAGGAGAGUAAAUCUCAAUCGAAUCACGUGAAUGUGGUGAACAAGGAGAAGGAAAAUAAUGAAUCGAAUGCUGUUACGAAGAAGGAGAAAAGGUUGAGGUUUUCGGUAGGGCUUUCGAGAGAAGAGAUUGAUGAAGAUAUAUAUGCUAUGACUGGAUCAAAAGCUGCUAGAAGACCUAAGAAGAGAGUUAAAGCUGUUCAGAAACAACUUGAUACUCUCUUCCCAGGUUUAUGGCUAGCUUCAAUAACUCCUGAUUCGUACAAAGUUUGUGAAAAUCUUCCAAAGGGUUAAAAGAAAUCCUUCAAAAGGUGGUUGUCCUUCGAAUGUCCUUGGUUUUUGUGGAAGUUUGAAGUUGAUGGCUUCCAAAUUUUAUGAUUGCAUUUGGAGGUAUAAUCAGUUUUUUAUCUGUAAAAGAUGAAAGGAUGAAUAAUUUUUUUUGUUUCCCUUGCUGUCCUUCAGCACUAGCUUUUCGUUAGGUUUCGGGAAUAGCAGCUGAAGUUUAGUUUUUUCUUUUUAUUUUUUCUUUAGAUAAAGAAAGCUGAAGUUUAGUUUUUUGAUUUCAUCCUUAGGUGCCGAUGUAAAUAUGGCUUUCUAACAAAUUAUUGGAAAUUUGCUUUUGAUA